GACGUCAAAACGUCAUUCAUUCUUUCCGCUAGUUUUUAGGUGCAAAUCGCCACAAACUCGACCACCCCGGGACAGGAAAACAAAUCCGAAACUCGUCGUUGCAACAAUUCAGCCCCGUCUCCUAGCCGCAAUCCAGGCACGGUAACUAACCUAACGGUCGCGAUUUGAAAAUUUUGAAAGAAAAGGGGGCAGAAUGUGCGAACCAAGCGACCUGGACCGGCAGAUCGAACAGCUAAAACGCUGCGAGAUCAUAAAGGAGAGCGAGGUGAAGGCGCUGUGCGCGAAGGCCCGCGAGAUACUCGUCGAGGAGAGCAAUGUGCAGAGGGUUGACUCGCCAGUGACUGUUUGCGGCGACAUUCACGGACAGUUUUACGACCUGAAGGAACUGUUUAAAGUCGGCGGUGACGUGCCUGAAACGAAUUACCUGUUCAUGGGAGAUUUUGUUGAUAGAGGCUUUUACAGUGUGGAAACCUUCCUGCUUCUCCUAGCUCUUAAAGUGAGAUAUCCUGAUCGCAUAACAUUAAUCAGAGGCAACCAUGAGUCAAGACAAAUUACACAAGUUUAUGGAUUUUAUGAUGAGUGUUUGAGGAAAUAUGGUUCUGUAACAGUAUGGCGAUAUUGCACAGAAAUAUUUGAUUAUCUGUCAUUGUCUGCAAUAAUAGAUGGUAAAAUAUUUUGUGUGCAUGGAGGUUUGUCCCCCUCAAUUCAAACUUUGGACCAGAUUAGAGUUAUAGACAGGAAACAAGAGGUUCCUCAUGAUGGACCAAUGUGUGACCUACUUUGGAGUGACCCAGAAGAUACUCAGGGUUGGGGUGUGUCGCCCAGAGGAGCUGGUUAUUUGUUUGGCUCAGAUGUGGUGGCUCAGUUCAACACAGCAAAUGAUAUUGAUAUGAUAUGCCGUGCCCAUCAGCUAGUAAUGGAGGGCUACAAGUGGCACUUUAAUGAGACUGUUCUGACCGUCUGGUCUGCACCCAACUACUGCUACAGGUGCGGCAACGUGGCGGCCAUCCUGGAACUGAACGAGCACCUGCAACGUGACUUCACAAUAUUUGAGGCGGCGCCCCAAGAGACGCGGGGCAUCCCGUCGAAAAAGCCGCAAGCCGAUUAUUUCCUUUAGUUUUAUUUAUUCUAGGCUAAUGUUUAGUUCGUAAAAUCCAUUUUAUACAGCCCGGACGGGGAAUAACGGUCCGGGUCGCAGUUUAUAUCCGGUUCGUUUUUUUAAAUCGCUCUGUAUUGCGUCGGGGUUUUCGACUAAAAAAAAAAAAUCACGUGGUUGAAUAUCAUUCGUUUUUUUAGGUUUUAGUUUAGAUUGUAAGUGUAAUUAUGUUCUGGUUUGUUUAUUACUCAUCGCCAGUUUAUUUAAUCUGACUGCUGCAAUUGCUGUACCUAUAGUUUAUUGUUGUUCUUUUUUACCUUAAUUCCGAUCUUUAUAAUUGGUGUACUUAAAAGAAAAACCCUUAGGAAAUUCUUGUCCACCUACUUUUUGUACAGAAUCAUUUAAAAAUAUUGAGAAAUCGUUCAAACUGCCAAAAUAAACUUUUUUAUUAAA